AUGCAAAAAUUGUCACCUCGCCGACCACUAAGCACAGCUGAAGUAAGAAAACCAGCAGGAGCAUUCCAGCAAGCAGGUUUGAUUCAGGAAGAGGAUGAAGAGGACAAAGAAGAGCCAAUUCCUAUUCGUCCAGUUUCUCGAACCGAGGCAUCAACCCCGAGUGGACCGAAACAAAUUUCCAGAAAUGGUGGAUUCCAUCAAUCCGAUAUUUCACGCAUAACACUGCCAAAAGAAGAAACAAACACCUCAGUACCGCCAACAACGCUCGGACGACGAGUGUACACAGAUAUUGCGGACAACCCCAACAUCAUCCAUCCAUUCCCAGUACCAUUCCUCAAGAAGCAGUCUGUUGUUCAUCAAGCUUCACGCAUAAAGGCAACAACAGAAGAAACUACGGCUUCUACUGAGAGGCAUACAUUGCCACCAUCAAUUGUACUGGCACCGUUGAGGUAAAG